AUUCUCGAUUGUUAUCUUAUUUAUCACACUUCUUUAGUUUCGACUAAACUAAUGAUACAACCUAAAAUGUUUCGCUGGGUGUUUUUUUUGAGUUUCGCGAAUGUAGUUUUGUCACGAGAUUUCGAAAAUUUAUUUGAUUUUGAAAAAUUUGACAAAGCUAUCGUAAGCAGUUUUGCGAAUGGGGAUAGUUUGACGCCUUGUCAAGAACAGUAUCGCGAACUGCGAACUCAAAACUACAGAGCCUAUGUGAGCCUUUUUGAUGCUACUUCAAAAUUUCCUUGGACCGGAGUAUUAACAUCAAGUUUACUAGAUUGGGGAGAUUAUGAUGAAUGCGUUGACAUUAACCUUGAGUACUCUAAAGGUACGAUAACUGGCAAAUACUGCCAUGCCGGAAUUAUUUUACCUACUUCGAUUGUGCCAAGUAAUAUUACUGGUUUUAAUUACACCGAAUUUUUUACCUUAGGUCUUUGUUUGCCAAACGCUUGUACGGCAAAAGAUUUUAUGCUGCUAAAUGAGACAAUAAUCAAUGAUCGUCUAUGUCAUACAAAGCAGGAUCUACAAAAAUUUACCAGAGGAGAUAUUGUUAUGAUAGUAGUACUUGUUUGUUUGGCAACACUUAUUAUAAUUUCAACCAGUUAUGACGUGUACAUGCACAAAAAACAGAAAAAAAUAUCUAAUCCACUGUAUGUGGCUUUUUCAUAUUUCAAAAAUGGCAGGAAAUUACUUGAAACGUCGAAAAAGAACAGAGAGCAAAUACAAAUAUUUAAUGGUUUGAAAACCAUCAGUAUGAUUUGGGUCAUUGGAGCACAUUCUUUCAAUGUUUGGAAUCAAUUUUCUGUCAUCAAUAGGGAGAUCACUCUCCAUGUUGCAACUUCUUUAAAAACAGCCUAUAUAUCUGCAGCAACACUGUGUGUCGAUACGUUUUUCUAUAUGUCUGGAUUUUUGAUGGGAUUUUUAUACAUGAAACAAAAAAGUAAACCUCUAGUAAAGCAGCUUUUGGGAGUUCCAUAUUUAAUCAUCCAUAGGUAUUUUAGGAUAACACCAGCUGUAGCUAUGAUGUACUUUUUCACUAUUACAUUAUUUAAACAUUUUGGAACUGGGCCUAUUUGGAAAGUUGGCGUAGAUAACAUUGUAGCCCCUUGCCAUAAAUAUUGGUGGUCUUUUUUUUUUUAUUUACAAAACUAUGUCAAUUAUGGUGAUGUCUGUAUGAUUCAAACUUGGUACCUGUCAGCUGAUAUGCAAAUGUUCAUAUUUUCACCCAUACUUUUGAUACCUGCCGCUGUCUUACUUGCCAAAAGUCCACAAAAUUUGAAACUGGUUAUGGUGGCCAUGACUGGUAUAAAUGUGUUUUUCAUCAUACUUCCAUUAACAAUUAAACUGGUCUUUACAGACUACGACAAUACAUUUGAUACUCAUUCAAGACUGAUAAAUUUCACAAUUGGUAUCACGUUUGGAAUAUUUAUGCAAGAAGCAAAAAAUAAGAUAUCCUGGUUUGGAAAAAUUAAAUCACCGUCGUAUUAUAAUUUUAUAAUAUGGACAGCUGUAUGUAUUUUGAUGCUUUUCAUAACACUGAUUAAUCAUGAAGUGACUUUUAUUGGACAUGGCCAUACGGCUCUAUCCAUCACUCACAGUUUAAUGAGGCCAGUUUGGUGCACAUGUUUGAGCUGGAUGGUGUAUUCAUCGUAUCAUGGAUAUGGUGGUAUUGUGAAUUGGAUUUUAACAAGACCCAUUCUUCAAAUAACUUCUAAACUAUCAUAUUGUAUGUAUAUAAUGCAUGUAAUCAUUAUAUAUCACUUCAUUCUAUUAUCAAGAACUAAGGUUUGGUUUACUGAUUACAUGGUAUUCAUCAAUUCGUGCGCUUUCUUCAUAAUUACUUUCUUAGUCUCGAUUGUAUGGUCUCUAUCUUUCGAAUCGCCGAUGAUAAUAAUUGAGAAGAAGAUUUUUGAAGCAUUUUCUUUACCGCAGACAAACAAAAAGUCACCAAACAAGAAUGUUGAGGCCGGACCUACUCAAGAAAAGUAUAAAGAACCUGGAAAAUUUUAGGAAAUUGGAAGUUAUUAAGAUUGUAAAAUAUUGUAAAUUUAAAAAAAAUAAAUAUAUAAUUUUUACUUCAC